GACUAACGUAAUAAAACAUUUCGCCCAUCCUUUUUCCUCCAGCUUUAUUUUUGUUGUUGAUUUUAUUUUAAAUGGGUUAGAAGAUAACUUGUACAAUAAAGCAUUGGUAAGUAGGUUCAACAUCAUGAAGGAUUCUAGAGGAGGGAAAACUCUUAAGGCAAAACAGAUUCUUACGCACACUUGACACAAGUGGGAUGUAGCAUGCUCGAAUUAUGUCUCCCCGUUUAGCAACCAAAAUGAAACAGAACUUUCCCAAACAAAAAUGUAUACAAAGCGCAAACAAUGGUAGUAUCUCUAUUUCAGCCUCCUACUGUCCUCUCGUCGCUCCUUCUUAAUACCUAUUGGAUGAGAUGAGGAAGACUAAAGUACCCCCUUAAGACUCUAAUGGUUUUUGAGCGGUUUUGAGGCCAGGAGAGAUAAAAUACGUAUUUGAGAUAAAGAUAAUUAGAAAACAAAGGUAAUGUUCACUCAUGUUGACUUUGUGUAAAAAAACUGAUAUCGAAUCGUUCGAGAAUUGGACAUCCAAAUCCUAUCCUAAAUACAGCAACGUUUCCGUUCAAUUGAACGUUCCAGAACGUAAAACCGUACUGAACGCUACCCAGAUUACGGACUUGUGUUCCUCUCCUGCAAGUUCGUGCUUUGUUUAUGUUAGCUAGCUAGCUAGUUUGUUAUCGUUAGUCAACAAGUUAAGGUUAAACAUAGAUACAUCCAAUUACAUACGGGUUCGAUUGUUAAUAGGUAGCUAUAUCGCUACAAUAAAUUGGUUUCGUUAUCAUCCAAAGUAGCUUGCUAGCAAGUUUUCUAGCAGUCAGUACAUUGGUGUUACUUUGCAAGUCCAAACAUAUAGGGGCUAGCUAGCUAUCGUUAGCUUGCAGGCAGUUGCAAGUUCUACCAUGUUCCCCGGAGAACGGGCUCCUCUGCCAACCGGUGGAGGCGGUCUUCUCCGCGGUAACUGCACGAGAUCAUACGGGAGUCUUGUACAAUCCUCCUGCUCUCCGGUACGACAACGACGAAUUGAACACGAAGUUCAACCAGGAGAGACAUUGCAAGGGAUCGCGUUGAAAUAUGGAGUAUCUAUGGAAAAAAUCAAAAGAGCAAACAGGCUGUACACACAUGAUUCAAUAUUCCUGAAGAAGUCUCUGUUUAUUCCUGUGCUGUCAGACUACUACCCUGCUGCCAGUAAUGGCGUAGAUAAGGCGGAGGAGGACUCUGGCCAGGGACAGGACAUUACAAAUAAAGGCCCUACUGAAAAUGGGAUCUCAGAGAACAAGUCUGAAAAGACCCAGGCAAAAGAAACAACUGAACUUUCUCCAAUGGAUUUCUUGAAAAUGAUGGAUGGUAUGAUCAGCCAAUCCAAGCAAGCAGCUGUGAAAAGAUGCCAAGAGGGAGAGAAAAGAUUGGCUUCUCUGGAAGCAGCUUGUGUCAGCAGAACAUCAGACCGUCGACUUAUGAGGUCACACAGUGCAACAAUAACUUCCUCUCCCAGAAUACACCAGCAUGCCAUUCUUGGGGCAGUACCCCUCACCAUCACCAAAUGCACCAAGAAACUGAGAGAACAAGAGGAUGAGAUCUUUGAGUUGUGAUUUAAUUCCCUCUGUCAGGCAGACCAUAGGACACACUAAUACAAACAUCAAAGUGAUUAAUGUCCCAGCUAAUCUGGCAUGGCAGAUUUUAAAGAGUUCUUAUUCACAGUAACAAGUUAACUGCUGCUCCUUUGGGCAUGGUUCUUAAAAGUUUGUCGUAAGCACUGUUGAACUAAUGUUUUUUGCUAGGAUGCUUUAUAUUGACUUAUGAGAAGACUUCUUACGCAAGUAAUGCACUGUUAACAAUUGAUUUGAAGUUGGUACUUUGUGAGUUGUAUUUGUAUAUUAGCGUGCAAUCAUUUAUCUAUUCAAAGUAAUGUGUUUUUGAAUGUAUAUCUGUUUGGCCAAAGGCGCAAGGUCAUGUGAGAAAUGCUACCUCCCAUUGUCUUAUACAAUGUCAGAAAUGUGAAAAAUAUCCAAGUUUGGGUUAACAAUGGAAGUUGAAGUCUUCAAAUCAAAAUUAUUUAUCAUAGAAAAGUCUUCUUUGGGUAUUUGUUACAAUUAUGCAAUAUUGUACAUAUUUGUUCUUAGAAGAAUAAUUAGUCUUGUAAUUUUUUUCUUGUCUUGGCACUUAGUUGUAGUAAACACACACCCGUUCAAGUGUUUGGGGUCACUUACAAAUUACGUUGCUUUCGGGAAGAAAAGCACUUUUCUUUUUGUCCAUUAAAUGAACAUCAGAUUAAUCAGAAAUACAGUAUAGACAUUGUUAAUG